AUGUUAAAUACAUUAAGAUUACCAGUGUAUUCUUCGUGUGUUGCCUAUAAUUUUCGUAUUGUAGGAUCCAGAUUAUGGGCUUAUGAGAAGCGUUAUUCUACAAGCAAUUCAGGUACAUCAAAAACACCAAAUUCCAGCAAACUUUCAAAACCGCAAGUCAAAUGGUUCUAUGCCACAGAUGUCCCCAAUUCCAAGCCAGCUUGGCAUAAUUACACCAAGACAAAGGAUCCAAAAAAGUUCAUUCCUUUUUCUGAUUAUGAUUCUAAAAGAUUAGAGAAACAAUACCAAAAGUAUACUGUUGGUAUGAACCAAAUAGACAAUAAAGAACAGAGUAACGUGAAUCCCGAAUUUGUUGAAGUUAAUGAAGACAAGCUCUUUCAGGUCGAUUUGAAAAAUUUCGAUUUGUCCCCCGUAUAUUGGGACGGGCCAGUUUAUGAAGUUCGUCGUGGUACUUGGUUCAACUCUGAUGGGAUUCCCUUAAGUGCGAAGUUAUCUCAGCAAAUUGAAGAGGGAUAUAGGUACAGAAAGGCCUACACUUUUGGAGAACAAGGGCCUAGUGAAAAUCAAGUUGCAGAAUCAAAAGAUGAAGUUGCUAAGUUCAAUAGAAAGGUGGAAAAGGAAGGAAAACCUGGGUUGGCUCUUGAAAUUGAUUUUGAGAAAGAAAAAGAUACAUUCGGUUUAGAUAAUGACCAAGUGGUAUUAUUCUGUAACUCUAGAGAAGCUGUUUUAUUUCCUUCGUCAUUUGAUAGCAAUUUUCAACUUGGUGUGAUUCGUAGCUUUGGAACAAGCUCUGGCUCUUUGAUAUCUGUUGAGAAAAUACAACGUGGUUACACGGAUGACUUGCAUGAAACCGUUUUUGAUAAUUUGACCACUAAUCCUAUUCCUGAUUUAACGGAUUUCUUUCAAAGUGAAAUCUCUAAUGCCUUUCACCCCGGUGAUUCAGAGAAUAAAAAAGUCAAAGAUAAUAAAGAAGAACCUGAAACCACUGUAAAGGAACAUGACAAGAAAAUGGAAAAUGUUCUUGAAUCCGAUUUUGAUCAUGUUACUACUCCAUUGAGUUCUGAGAGAGAGGUUGAUCAUCUUGUGUUAUGCAUUCAUGGCAUAGGUCAGAUUUUAGGCCACAAGUAUGAAUCUGUUAACUUUGUCCAUAGUAUUAACGUUCUUAGAAAUACUAUGAAAGAGGUCUAUCAAAAUGAUAAAGGCUACCAAGAAAUUGCCUACCCUGAUCAUGAACAAAACGAUGAAAACAAAAGUACGAAUAAUAGAAUUCAAAUCUUACCAAUAUCUUGGAGACAUAAAAUUGACUUUCAUCCUCAAAAAAGUUUAGAAGCAUAUGAUGAUAGCGGUAAAUUAAGGUUGCCAAGUUUAGCACAAAUAAGUGUUGAUGGUGUUAAAUCGCUUAGAAAUAUUUUAGGUGAUGUUGUCUUAGACAUCUUACUUUAUUAUGAGCCAAAGUAUAUUAAUCAAAUUACAAAGGUUGUUACAGAAGAACUCAAUCGUGUUUAUUCCCUUUAUAUGGAAAGAAAUCCUAAUUUUAGAGGAAAAGUACAUAUUAUGGGACAUUCAUUAGGUUCUGUAAUCUCAUUUGAUAUUCUUAGUUCACAAGCCAAUAACAAGCCUACGGAUGCUGACCAGGGGAAGGAUUUAUUGUUUGAUGUUGAUGACUUAUUUUGUGUUGGUUCACCAAUUGGUAUGUUUAAGUUAUUGGGGCAAAGUAAUAUAAAACCACGUUCUCUUUUGCCCGACGAUUUUGAUGCAAAGGAACAAAAUACAUUUGUUUCCCCAAAAUGUUCUAACUUGUAUAAUAUUUUUCAUCCUUGUGAUCCUAUAGGAUACAGGAUGGAGCCAUUAAUUAAUCCUGAAUUCUCGCAAUACAAACCAGAAUUAGUUCCAUUUGCUGUGAAAGGUUUGAACACUCAAAUAAGAGAAUUAGCACACUUUAGUGAAGAAAUACAAGAAAAAUUGUUCCGAGCUUCGAGUUGGUUUAAUAGAGGAAGUAAGCCCGAUAAGAAAGAGCCAGAAGAAACUAAGAGCAUAGAAGAAAGGGCAUCAGAAGAGAAUGCUUUGGAUGAUAUUUUAUUUAGUUUAGCGAAAUCUGAGAAGAAAGACGAUAAUAAAAGAAAGCUUAAGAAGAAAGAUUUAAGCAAAGAGGAUUUGGCCACUUUGACUCAAAUGAAUAAAAAUGGAAGAGUUGAUUACAGUUUGCCUAUGGGAGUUUUCGAUUUCUCUUUAGUAUCUGCCAUUAGUGCACAUAUUUCCUAUUUUGAGGACAAGGAUACUGCGGGCUUCAUAAUGAAGCAAUUGUUACUUUCAAGGUCUUCUACAGUUGAGUCUAAAACUGUCUCAUUAUAUGAAUAA